GUCCUAUGACACGCGGCCUCGUUCCGCUCGAGGCCGAAUCUGGCUUACUUUUCUGGUUUUUGCGGGUGAUCCAGAAAUCACAUAAAUUAAAAAUCACGAUCACGGAAAAGAAGUGCUAAAAGUUCCUAGUCAAACUGCUUCUUGAUGCCGCGCAAGGCUCCUGCCAGGACUGCUAGAUCGUGAUGAGAAAGUUUCACCGUUUCUUGACCACCGUCGUUGCUUUCUUCAUCCUUUACGGUGUUUAUCGCUACUCGUUCCCUACCGAUAGCGAUGGAAACUAUCUGUUCCUGUUACCGAAAGAAAACGCUGCGGACCGUGUGCCAUCUACGAACGAACAGCAGCUAGGCGCCGUUGAUCUGGGAGAACAUCCGAUCAAUCUUACGCGACUGUCGAAUCUCAGCUCAUUCCAAUACCGAAUCUCGAACGAUCUGUGCAAGGAGAACAACAGCUACUCGGAGCUGUUGGGUGUGAUUCUCGUCACUUCCUACGUUGGCCACGAUGAGGUACGGUCGGCACAUCGGCAAGCCAUAUCGCAGCAGAAGCUGCUGUCCAUGGGAUUGCUGCGUAUCUUUUCGCUAGCGACCAUUCCGUCGACGGAGCGCUUCAUUCGACAGUCUGCUAUCGAAGCCGAACAGCGGCUGCAUGGUGAUCUAAUACAGGGAAACUUUAUCGAAGCAUAUCGAAAUCUCACCUACAAACACCUGAUGAGUCUGCAAUGGGCAACGCACAGCUGCCGCGGGGCAAAGUACAUCAUCAAGAUGGACGAUGAUAUCGUGUUCGAUCCGUUUUACAUUCAGAAUCAUCUGUCGGAUCUGAACCAGCGUGAUGAGCGGUACCUGCUGGCGGGUUUUGUCUUCCGCAGCAAGAAAGUGAUCCGAUUGCGUGCCAACAAGUGGUACGUGUCGCCGGCCGAGUACGAGAAAGCCGUUUAUCCUGCCUACCUUUCCGGUUGGCUUUACAUUACCAACCAACGCACGGCCCGGGCACUGGUGGCCGAAUCGCAGGAGGCGCCAUUUUUCUGGAUCGACGAUACCUUCAUCACCGGUGUGUUGUCCGAUCGAUUACAGCUACCUCUUACCAGCCUCAAUCGCUGGUUCAGUGCCAAUUCGGAGUUUUUGGAUUGCUGCAUACGCGACAUGAAACGGUACGCGUAUCAGUGCGAUUACUACGUCGGGCCCAAUGGAGGCAAUGCGAAGCUGAUCGCCGAGUUUGUCCAGGAGCUCGAACGAUGCUACGACAAUGCGUGCUAUCAGCGACCGGCGGGCAAAUCGCUUACCGCAACGUGUGUAGCGGAGUACAAAAAUCUGUUGCCAGCAGCUGACCACGGCACGGCCAUGGUUAGUCAGAUGAAACUUUAAAUUUUACCUACGCAUUUAGCAACUAAGUGAGAAACAAACAAACAUGGUUAUCAAACAAUGUGCCAACAAACAUUCCGCACUCACCUACACGUCCGUCCUUCGUACUUUGCACCUGCACUUGUAACUGAUUAAUUUUAGAUGGAACGAUAGGUAGGACAAGGAAACUGCCAUUAUUUUU